UUAGUCUAUAAUACGCCAGGGGCAAAUAAUGGAACAGCACAUCUAUAUAUGCUUAUCUUAUGCUCAUCUCUAUCACACUUGCCAUGGUUUGAAUAAAAACAAAAGUCAGUGAUUACGACUUUUGUUUCCUGAGUUGAAAUUGUGAAUAGAGCCUGAUAUUAAUAGUCAAGCUUGUUUCAAUUUUGUAAGUAUUAUACAUGCGUAAUAUUUUUUAUUUUAUUGUCAAUGAACCGAGAAUAUUUAGGACUUCAACUGCACUACGAAUUCGAAUUCAAGAGAUCAUGAGUUACUAUGCAGUAGCAAAAGGCAGAAGUCCCGGUAUUUAUAGGCAAUGGGAUGAAUGCAAAGACCAAGUUGAUAAAUUUUCUGGUGCAGUCUUCAAAAAGUUCAAUACUCGAGAAGAUGCUGAAGAAUUUAUCCAACAACGUAGUGGUGUAUCUUCGUCGUACCCCGGAACGUCAACGUCUGGAUAUAAAAGUUCUAUGCAAUGUUUUCCUCAAAAAACCAGAAAGUUUGACAAAAGUUAUGGAUUGCUUGCCAGCACUUCAUCUAAAAGGCUAAUGUCCAGUUCCAGCGACUCUGACAAUGCAUCAGAAAAUGUGUACCAGAGGAAAAAAAAAUUCAGAUCAGAAAGCCUUUCCACAACAUCUAAUGCAAAGCAGUUCACUGUCGAUGAGAACGGUUACACAGAAGUAUAUACUGAUGGAGCAUGCUCAUCCAAUGGAAGAGGAAACGCAAAGGCAGGAAUUGGAGUGUGGUUUUCUGAUAACAAUUCAUAUAAUGUAUCCCAAGCUGUAACUGGUAGACCAACCAACAACAUGGCAGAAAUACAAGCUGUAACAAUCGCUGCCCAGCAAGCACAAAGAGCUGGCAUUAAAAAACUGAAAAUUAAUACGGACUCCCAAUUUCUGAUAUCUUGUAUAACCAAGUGGAUGCCUAAAUGGAAAAAAACUGGGUGGCAAACUUCUAGUAAUAAACCAGUCAUCAAUAAACAAGAGCUGAUAGAAAUGGAGAAAGCCCUUGCCCCUUUGAAAGUUUCUUGGAAUCACGUUCGUGGUCACGUUGGAAUCCACGGAAAUGAAAUGGCUGAUAAGCUUGCAAGGGAUGGGAGCGAACAUUACAGAAAGACAUAACAUGUUUAUAAAG